AUGGCCGGUUCUGGUGAAAAGAGCGGGACAACGCCUCAGUUCAUCAGCGGAUCCAGUAACAUGUGCUCCACUAGAACCACCACCAUUCGUCUUCGGGAUAUUUAUGAUCCCAAGCCUCAGCCUCCCAAAGCCCCGGUCCGGAUCCGCCCACCAGGUCCAAGGACCCCCUCAGCGAAGGAGCUCAACCUAAAGCAGGUCUCGCCCAGCGACCCUCCGACCAAGACGAUCAUGAGGAGACGAGCUCAGUCUCUCCCUUCGUCUGCAGAGAGAAAAAAAGAGCUCAGGAGCCUGCAGGUACGCUUUGUGGACUCGCUGGGCCUCGAGUUAGAGGACGUUAAGGUCUUCAAGGUUCAGGACCAACCCUUGAUACCUCAACAUGUUAUGUUCAGGCUACUGAUGAGCUCUGAGCUGGCUUUCAGCAAGUCAUUGGAGCUGUCCCUGCCUUACUUCAAACCUUGUUUCCCUGAAAACAUGGGGGCUCAGCCGGACUUCCUGAAGCGUCUCUGCACUCAGAGUGUGUGUCUGGAGCAGGUCCUGUGUUCAGAGCAGGGGAUUACAGGCACCAUACAAGUACUCAACUUAGCCUAUGAGAAACAAGUCACAGUGCACUACUCGUUCACCAACUGGAGAACACACACGGAAACCACAGCGUCCUGGGUGUCAAGUGUUCACAGCGGUGAGUGCGACGCUCCGGAGACAGAUGUCUUCAGAUUCCGUCUUCCUGUUCCUCCCUUUAUUUUGCAGCCAGGAGCCAUUUUGGAAUUUGCCAUUUGCUACCAUGUGAAAGGAUCUAAUCAUUGGGACAAUAACAACGGACGUAAUUACAAACUGUCUUGCCACAGUUACAAGGUGACCGUGCCGAGGGAGUGUGAGGACAGCAUGCUGCACUUCACCUGA